AGGUUCUUUUGGAUCAACAGUGAAAUUAAUUUUGAUGAUAUUAAAAGAAGUAACAAAAAUUAUUAUAACAUAAAACUCAAACCCUCGCUUAGUCAACGCCCCCAUUGUUACCUCAGCCGAAAACAAAAAAUUAAUAAAAAUGGAACCUAAAAAAGUGUGUUUUCUCUUAACUUUGAAAAGCUACCCCCUUGCCCUUCACAAAAGUCAACUCCCUUCCCCCAACCCUCUUCUUCUUCCCGUUUUCUUUCUCUUUCACCUGAAAAUUUAAGAGCAAAAAAGAGAAAAAAAAAAAAGAAAAGCUCUUUUAUUUAUUUAUUUGUUUAUUUUUAGUUAUGGGUAACGGUUUCUGUAAGUUAAGCGUGUGCUUCACCAGCGGCGGUGGAUAUGGCGGAGAAGAAGCUCGUCGUAGAAAGGAAACAUCCAUGUUACUAUCGGAUCCUCUCGACGAAGGACUUGGUCACUCCUUCUGCUACGUUAGACCGGACCCGACGCGACUCUCUUCAUCCAAGGUUCAUUCCGAAGAAUCUACCACGACUUUCCGUACGAUAUCGGGAGCCUCCGUUAGCGCCAACACGUAUACGCCGCUUUCGACGGCGCUGGUGGACCCGGACAUCAGCUACAACAACAGCUGCUUCGAUCGAGCAGCGGCUUUCGAGAGCACGACGUCGUUUUCCUCGAUACCGCUGCAACCGAUUCCGAAGAAUUUAAUCAACUCUUCGGGUCCGAUGUCCAGUAGUCUUGUUCCAGGUUCGGGUCCUUUAGAAAGAGGGUUCAUGUCGGGUCCAAUUGAGAGAGGGUUCAUGUCGGGUCCGCUUGAUAAUAUUAAUAGUAAUAACUAUAAUCGCGGGUUAUUUUCGGGUCCACUGGAAAAAGGCUUUUCCGAUCAGUUUCAAAGAAGCUUUUCUCAUGGAGCUUUUGCUUUUAAAUCCAGAUCGAGGAAAGGAUCUUUAAUUCGGGUCCUCCAAAGAGCCAUCUCAAAAACCGUUUCUCGCGGGCAAAAUUAUGUCGUGGCUCCAAUUAAAGGUGUCGUUUCGAUUAAAGAAACCGAAUGGGUAAUCGGGUCCGAUGAGAACCCGAUUCAUCAUCAAAAUGAGAAUUUGAUAGUCAGUAGUUUGAAUCUAAGCAGUGAAAGUAGUUUAGAGGAUGACGAGUCAAUGGAAUGUCAAAAUCUUCAAUGGGCACAGGGGAAAGCAGGUGAGGAUCGAGUACACGUCGUCGUUUCAGAGGAACAUGGAUGGGUUUUUGUUGGGAUUUAUGAUGGAUUCAACGGCCCUGAUGCUCCUGAUUAUUUGUUAUCAAAUCUUUACUCCAAUGUUCAUAAAGAACUCAAGGGUUUGUUGUGGGAUGAUGGCUUUGAACAAGCCCCUGCAGCUUCCUCCGAAGAAGAAAAACAGAGCAGGGAACCCGAAUCCGCAAUAGGUUGCUCCGAUGGUGCUUGUUCCCGUUCUAUAGAUCAAGAGAAUUACCCCUAUGAUAAAGAAGAUGUUGAUUUCGAUUCAAAUUUGAGUUCAAAAAAGAAAAAAGGCAGGAACUUGAAGGGCAAGUAUAAAGGCGUAGCGAAGAGGUGGGAAGAGAGUCAAAGGAGGUUGAAAUGUGAAUGGGAUAGAGAAAGAUUAGAACUUGAUAGGAAAUUAAAGGAACAGUUGAGUAGAAACAAGUCUGAUGGAUCAAGAUCGAUGAUAAAUCAUGGUGAUGUUUUGGAAGCUCUAUCUCAGGCUUUGAGAAAAACAGAGGAGUCUUAUUUGGAUAUCGCUGAUAAGAUGCUGAUGGAAAAUCCAGAGUUGGCUUUGAUGGGUUCUUGUGUGCUUGUUAUGUUGAUGAAAGGUGAGGAUGUUUAUGUGAUGAAUGUUGGGGAUAGUAGGGCAGUUCUGGCUCAAAAGACAGAGCCGGAUUAUUGGUUGGGGAAGGCUAGACAGGAUUUGGAGAGGAUUAAUGAAGAAACAUUGCAUGAUCUUGAAGGUUUUGAUGGAGAUAGAUCUAGUGCAAUGCCUGAUUUAACUGCUUUUCAGCUUAGUGUGGAUCAUAGCACCAGUGUUGAAGAGGAAGUUCAAAAAAUAAUAAAUGAACAUCCCGAUGAUGCUUAUGCGGUGAUGAAUGACCGGGUUAAAGGUUCUUUGAAGGUCACUCGAGCUUUUGGGGCUGGUUUUCUCAAACAGCCUAAAUGGAACAAUGCCCUACUAGAGAUGUUCAGAAUAGAUUACAAAGGAGCUUCUCCAUAUAUCACUUGUGUACCAGCUCUCCACCACCACAAAUUAGGUCCCAAAGACAGAUUUUUGAUAUUAUCUUCUGAUGGGCUCUAUCAGUACUUAACAAACGAGGAGGCAGUAUCCGAGGUUGAACUUUUCAUCACAUUGCAACCUGAAGGGGAUCCUGCUCAGCAUCUUGUUGAGGAAGUGCUGUUUCGUGCUGCGAAAAAAGCUGGCAUGGACUUUCAUGAGUUACUAGAAAUACCGCAAGGGGAUAGACGGCGGUACCAUGAUGAUGUUUCCAUCAUAGUUAUUUCUUUAGAGGGAAGGAUAUGGAGAUCUUGUGUAUAAGUAGAGAAAACCGCAUAUAGAAAGAAGAUAUAGAGAAAUCUGCCAAAAAAAAAGUCAGGCAUUUCCUUUGUCCCUUUUUUUUCUGGUCACCUUUGUAACAUAGCAAUUAAGCUCUUCAGAGGUUUAACGAGCUUAAUUUUGAAAUGUACUCGGUGGUAAGGCGUGUAAAGAAAUUGUAAUUUUCUAGUAAUAAAUGACAUUCCUUUUGAAAAAAGGGUUUUAUUCGUAUUAUUAGCACUAUCACUUUCUGUAGUUCAUUCUUUGGUGUUGUUGGCAACAUCAGUUGAGCAUCUGUACCUUUUGUUUCAUUCUUUUGGUAAACAAUUCAAUACUCAGAUGGUGUAAAAGUGUGCUGGACCAAAAAUUCCUGUCUUGAACUUGUUUUGUAGCUUUUUCCCCUUUUCAUACACACACACACACACACACACACAC